GAAAGGCAGGGCUGUACGGAAGGGUCACCCCCAGACACAGGCGGAGGCCGCUCCCGAGACGCUCAGCGCCCGCUCGGAGCGGGGGUGGCCGCCGAGGGAGGGGCGGGGGCAGCCGGGGCCGCCCCCCGGCCGGGGCUGCCGUGCGGCGGCAGCGGAACGCGGCGGCCGGCGCCGGUUGCGGAGGGCCGCUUUGAGGCGGGCACCGCGCGGCGCGGCACGGCGCCGGCAUGAGGGACCUGCCGCCGGGCCCGGGGAUGGAGAGCGACAUCUUGGACGCGCUGGAGGCCUUGGGGUACACGGGUGCCCUGUUGGAGGAGGAGGCCCUUAAAAAAGCAGCAGAAAAUGGAUUGUCUUCACCAGAAUUUUUUGAGCUUUGCAUUUGGUUAGGUUCCCAGAUAAAGUCACUUUGUAAUAUGGAAGAAAGCAUCACUGCAACAGAUGGAGUGAAAGAUAUAGAGAGCUUCCAGCUUGAAAUUAGUGGCUUUCUGAGAGAAAUGGCUUGUCCGUAUUCAUCACUGGUGUCUGGAGACAUCAAAGACAGAUUAAGAGAGAAAGAAGAUUGUCUUAAACUCCUUUUAUUUCUAAGUACAGAACUUCAGGCUUUAAAGAUAUUGCAGAGCAAGAAAGUUAAAGGCUCUCAUUUGGAAAAGCACAGUGAAAUUAUUCAGGAAGUGCAAGCUAUUUGUGAUGCACUGGGUCUGCCAAACUCCUCAUCUUCUGGUAUUCCUCCCUUGUUAACCAGUGUGGAACAAAAGGUGAAGGACAUUCUCUCAAAAGUUAAAAAUAACCAUGUGGGGAAAUCACUGCUGACAAAACCUCUGAACUCUGACCAAGUGGAAAGAUUGGAAAAGAUCAAUGAUGCUCUUUGCAGUGAGUACGAGUGUCGACGGCGGAUGUUGAUGAAGAGGCUCGAUGUGACUGUGCAGUCUUUUGGCUGGUCUGAUAGAGCAAAGGUAAAAACAGAUGAAAUAGCACGGAUCUACCAGCCCAAGCGCUACGCGCUGUCUCCCAAGUCCACCAUUACACUGGCUCACCUUCUUGCUGCUCGCGAGGACUUCUCCAAGAUCAUAAGAACCAGUAGUGGAUCAACACGGGAGAAGACUGCCUGUGCUAUCAACAAGGUUCUGAUGGGGAGAGUCCCUGACCGUGGAGGCAGACCAACAGAGAUUGAACCACCUCCUCCUGAAAUGCCUCCAUGGCAAAAAAGACAAGAAGGUGGUGGAAGAGGUGGCUGGGGGGGCGGUGGUGGUGGAAGGGGUAACUGGGGGGGUGGGGGCGGUAGAGGGGGAGGAGGAGGUUUCAGAGGUGGUGGAAGAGGUGGGGGAGGCUUCCAGGGUGGAGGAGGCUUUCAAGGUGGAGGAGGCUUUCAAGGUGGAGGUGGCUUUCAAGGUGGAGGUGGCUUCCAAGGUGGCAGGGGAGGUUACGGUGGCAGGGGAGGCUACGGUGAUCCCUAUGGUGGAAGGGGAGGGGGAGGAUACCGAAGAUACUAAAGUACUGUAAAUCUUAACAGAGUAACUGGCAGAAUAUAGUGGUGGUGUUUACUGGUACUAGGAAUUUAGAUAUGUUGACUUGGGUUUAGGUUAGAAUUAAGUAUGACCAUAUGAGUAAUUUCAUUAGACCAACUGAUAUUCUCGCUGAGUUCUUUUAGUUAACUGAAGUUUUAUACUAAAAUCCGAUGACUGAAGUCCUUGUUUUUCAUUCUGCUUAUAUGGUGUUUUUUAUUAUGUAAUUUUAUUUAAAAUAAGUCUCAGAAAACUGAAUAAAACCCUUUCUAAACAAA